CUCAUCUUUAGCGAUGUUUGCUAGUGCAAGGCGGUGCUUGUUGUCGCGAAGAGCUCAGCUAUGCUGAGAAUAGUUGGAAAUUUUGUACCCAUCUGUUCCUUGUAAUUCACGAGGAUUGUCAUCACUUAAAAAGUGUAGAGGAUGAACUGUCGAUGUUCUUGGCCAAACAGGCCGAAUGCUCCUUCAAUAGCAUCCUUUACGUGUCCACACACAGUUGAUCAUCCGACCCUUUCUAUGCGACAAGUGCAAGGUUCAACUCCUAUAUAUACGCGCUGUACUUUUUGUGCAAAUGUGAGAAGUAAUGCUGCGGACGGGAAAAUCGCUCAACUUUUCAGUGAAUCAACGAGAGGCGCCUUCGGUAGUAUCGAAGCAGUUUUGACUGCUGUAAAUUCUAUUGCUGAUAUGCUCAAUGCCACCUAUCAUGCAGUUUUUAGUUCCUUUCAAGCUGUAGUUGGUACGUUCGAUGAAUUUGCAAAACUAAAAACACAGAUACAUUGUUUAUUGGCUUCAACAGCACUGCUGAAAUGGUUACGAUAUAUAUGGCGACUUUUGCUGAAAUGUUUGUGGUUAAGAGGUAAUGGUGACGAUGGAAUGGAAGAAGUAUGGAUGGGAGUUCGAAAAAAUUCAAGUGCAUUCGCAACGCAAGGAGCUCCAUUGCAGUUGGUUUCUUCCAAUCCUUUUCGUUGGUUACCUUCACUAAUGUUCUGGUUAAUCGCAGUAGGUCUACCUUAUUUGAUGUAUCAAUCGCUUGAGCGAAUGAUGGAUGAGUCAGUGAAAUGGACGACGGGAAAGGAUGGUUAUUACGAAGCACAGGCGACAGAAGAUCAUGAUGCUGAGGCAAACGAUAAAAUAUCAUUUAAAUGUGGCGACAUUUUACGUGUUGCACCCAGAGAAUACCAGCCACGAAAGCUUGGCUACAUUUUGGCAUGCUCAAUAGAUGGUAAAAAGAUUGGAUUAGUCCCAAUAAAGAAAGUUCGGUUGAUAAAACGAGUCGUUGAAUCAUCUGUUUUCACUGGACAAAAUGCCAUCCAGUUGUUUGACGAUGCACACACUUCUGAAAAUAAUUUGUAUGAUUAA